AUGUUCAGCAAAGCUAUUGAGCUACUUGGGCUAUAUGAUAGAAGAGAGGAUAUCGAUUCAAAUCAGGGGCAUGAUUUUCGCAAACCAACUGCCCAGGUGGUUAGUGCACAACUUUACACCGCUACACUAAUGGGUCUAUUUGCACUAUUAUCAUUUUCACUUCUUCUGCAGAAACUACCUAAGCUAUAUGCAAGCCGAAGAUAUAAAGAUAACGGCAGCUUGCGACUCCCAUCGUGGGAAGAAGGGAAGCUAUUCAGCUGGCUGACCGUCAUUUACAAGAUUCGCGACGAACAAGUCCUAGAGUACGCAGGCUUAGAUGCCUUUGUAUUCUUAGGGUUCUUUAAAAUGUGCAUUAAGUUACUGUCUGUUUGUUGCGUGUUUUCGGUGUGCAUUAUCUCACCAAUUAGAUAUCAUUUUACUGGGAGUUAUGAUGACGGAGAUGACAACAAUCACAAAUUGAAUAUCCUUUUGAAAUUCGUUAAACGGUCUAGUAUCCCCUCUGGUGAAGAUACCCAACCAGAAGGAGCUAGAGGAUAUUUGUGGAUGUAUGUGAUCUUCACAUACUUUUUCACAUGCUUGGCAAUACAUCUAUUGGUUUCCCAAACAGUUCUCGUAGUCAACACUAGACAAGCAUAUUUGGGGAAGCAGAAUACAGUAACAGAUAAAACCAUUAGGCUAACUGGAAUACCCAUCGAACUUCGAGAUCCCGAAGCUCUGAAGAAUAAAAUAGAGCAGCUUAAAAUUGGUAAAGUGUCUUCUGUAACCAUUUGCCGCGAAUGGGGCCCUCUAAACAGGCUCUUCCGCUAUAGAGAGAAUGUCAUUCUUCAACUGGAAAGCAAGUAUGCAGAGUGUCCACCUGAACAUCGUGAUCGUGAAGCGUACUCUGAAAAUUAUAAUUUACAAAGGAAUACUGGGGAACUGGGCAGCUCUCCAAAUCCAAUUUCUCGAGAAGUUAUUCAUACGGAUGAUAAUGAAGAUGAUCUGCUAUAUCCUCAAAAAGCCCUUCAAAGACCAAUGAUGCGAACAGGCUUUUUGAAAUUAUUCGGGCCAAAAGUAGAUGCCAUCAAUCAUUUGGAAAAGCAAUUAAGGUUUAUUGAUCAAGAAAUUUCUGAAGCACGCAAGAAACAUUAUUCUGCAACUACGACAGCUUUUGUUACAAUGGACUCCGUAGCAAAUGCACAGAUGGCUGCUCAAGCAGUUUUAGAUCAUCGCGUUCACUAUUCAAUCGCAAAUCUAGCCCCAGCACCUCACGAUAUCAAAUGGGAAAAUGUUUGUUUAUCAAGAAAAGAAAGACUAACAAAAGUUUACUGCGUAACCGCAUUCAUAGGUCUCUCCAGUUUAUUUCUCAUUAUUCCGGUGUCAUACUUGGCGACGUUGUUGAAUCUUAAGACAAUAUCAAGAUUUUGGCCAAGUUUGGGUGCCCUACUAAAAGAGAACAAAUGGGCGCAGAAUUUAGUAACAGGACUGCUACCGACUUAUUUAUUCACCCUUUUGAAUAUAGUGAUACCCUAUUUUUACGAGUAUUUGACCUCCCGCCAAGGCUUGGUUUCUCAUAGUGAAGAAGAGUUGUCACUGGUUUCCAAGAACUUCUUCUAUAUAUUUGUGAACUUGUUUUUGGUCUUUACUUUAGCCGGUACGGCUUCCAACUAUUGGGGCUACUUGAGUGAUACAACAAAAAUAGCUUACCAGUUGGCUACUUCAGUAAAGGAAUUUUCUUUAUUUUACGUGGAUUUGAUUAUAUUACAAGGUAUAGGUGUAUUUCCAUUCAAGCUUUUACUGGUCGGAAGUAUGAUUGGAUUCCCUUUUGUGAAGAUAAAGUCAAAAACGCCAAGACAGCAAAGAGAGCUUUACAAUCCUCCAAUCUUCAACUUUGGUUUGCAAUUACCACAGCCCAUAUUAAUUCUCAUCAUAACAUUAAUCUACAGCGUCAUGAGUACAAAAAUCCUGGUCUCUGGUUUAGCGUAUUUUUUUGUUGGUUUCUAUGUUUACAAAUAUCAACUUAUUUUCGCUACUGAUCACCUACCUCAUUCUACAGGUAAAGUCUGGCCUCUUAUAUACAGAAGAAUCAUGGCAGGGCUACUUUUAUUUCAACUAACAAUGGCAGGUACUUUAGCCGGUUUUGAAAGUGGCUGGAUCCUCUCCUCCUGUCUGUUCCCUCUGCCUUUUAUCACUUGCAGUUUUUGGUGGGAUUUUGAAAAGCACUAUAUGCCUUUGGGUAAAUACAUUGCUCUGAGCUCUAUACGUGAGCAUGAGGAAGAGCAUACAUUAGUGUCUAGUCCGGCAGAUACAGAUACGUAUGACUAUCCAUACCUCGUUCAUGGAUUAGAGGGACCAAUAUUAGAAUAA